UUUGGAAAGUCUAGUGACGUGACGUCGCGUCAGUGCACACGGGGGUCGACGGGGGUUGGAAGUUAUCGAGUAGAGUUAAUGAAUCGGGACGCCUGAAAAAUUCCACGGGGAAACAAUUGCUGCGGACGAUCAUCAUGGCCGACAACGAGCAGAAAGCGUUACAACUAGUGGCGGAGGCCGAAAGGAAGCUGUCAUCGUCGAGGAGCUUCUUCGGCGCUCUGUUUGGAAGUUCGUCAAAGGUCGAAGAAGCGGUGGAAUGUUACCAACGGGCAGCAAAUAUGUUCAAGAUGGCAAAGAAGUGGAGUUCGGCAGGGAAGGCGUUCUACGACGCGGCAGAUUUACAUGCCAAGGCGGGUAGUCGUCAUGACGCAGCCAACAAUUACGUAGACGCGGCCAAUUGCUUUAAGAAAUCCGAUACGAAUGAGGCGAUCAGUUGCUUGUUAAAAGCUAUUGAGAUUUACACCGACAUGGGCCGUUUUACAAUGGCAGCUAAACACCAUCAGAGUAUAGCCGAGAUCUAUGAAAGUGAGGCGGUCGACUUGGAACGUGCGGUACAUCAUUACGAACAAGCGGCAGAUUAUUUCCGCGGUGAAGAGAGCAAUUCUUCCGCGAACAAGUGUCUUCUAAAGGUUGCACAAUACGCCGCGCAACUUGAAAAUUACGAUAAAGCCAUUCAGAUUUAUGAGCAGGUCGCUACCGCAUCUUUAGAGAGUUCCCUGUUAAAGUACAGCGCCAAGGAAUACUUCUUCCGUGCUGCAUUAUGCCACUUGUGUAUAGAUGCGUUAAAUGCCCAGCAUGCUAUCGAGCGUUAUCAGGAGCAAUAUCCUGCUUUCCAGGAUUCUAGAGAAUAUAAACUGAUAAUGACACUGAUAGAACACUUGGAGGAGCAAAACCUCGAAGGCUUCACAGAGGCGGUGAAAGAGUACGAUUCAAUCUCAAGAUUGGAUCAAUGGUAUACAACAGUAUUAUUACGUAUAAAAAAACAAGUUAACGAUAAUCCGGAUCUACGCUGAUCAGUUGUUCCUUAUCCGUGCUAUUUUCUGGCAACGACAUUAUUAUUACUCCAACUCCACGUAUAUUCAUUUUUAAAUCAAGCCUUGCUUUCCGUGGAAAUGAUCAAAUAACUCCAUUUUUAUAUCCGGAUAUAAUUGCUCACGUUGCCCCAUCAUAUACUCUCAACUAUUCUCCAUUAUCUUUGUCUUGUACAUCUUUUAAAUUCUUAAGUAUCCGCAAAAUCGUGAAGGAUCACAAUAUGUGCGAUGUAAUUAUUUCGAACAUCGAGAUUUUCAUAGUUAUUUCUUUCUUUUUUUUUAACUUAAAAUACGCAGCCUUAUUGUUGGAUACCUCGGCGAGUAUCAUCGCGUGUUGUUGUUUUUAAUUGUAAAAUAAUAGCUCAGGAUUCGUACUAUAUAUCUAAUUCUCCUCGAAUUAAUAUUCUCUUAUGAAUUAACUUAAUCGUGAUUAUUAGACCUUAGGUUCGAAAAGAACUUAAAUCGCAGAGAAUUCAGCUACGAACGGCAUAUUAAAUUUAUAGAUUUUUAAUUAUUUUCUUUUUGGGCGUGUCUUCGAAUCAUUUUACAAUAAAAAAAUUUUCCACUUAUAUAUACAUAUAUGUAUAUAUUUUUCUUUUCUACUCACGAUAGUAAGGAGCAGAUAUUAACUGUUAUUUGUUUGUAUAUGUAUAUAAUCUACAUUUAUUAAGAAAAUAGCUUUAUUUCGUGUCUCUGUGUAAGAGCGUGAUUGUUAUAACAGUCCCAUUUAUUUUCGAACUUUUUACGGCGGAGGAAAUGAAAUGCAACGUCAUCAUUUGUCAUCCUUGCACUGCCAGAGUAUCAAAUGCAAACGUGUGUAGUGUAUAUUUAAUUGGUACAUUUCGAUUUCGGUUUCUUUAUUCGUAUCCGUUCUCUUUCCCAUCUUUCCGGUCUUUUCGUGUUCGGUUUGAAUUGCGGCUGCUGAUUCUAAUUUGUAGCUUAAAUUAACGGCUAUUAGUACACAAUGACACAACACGUAUUUCUUCCUAAUAUUGAACUAAAGAUACACGAUCAGUAUAGCCGUUCAACAAUGUUUUCUGCAAUAACAUAGCGCCAUAUCUAAUCGUUAAUACUCAUCGCCUAUGGAUAAGUGUACUCUUGCAAAGUGUCAACCGCGUACGAAAGAAAAGGUAAAACAGAGGGGACAUGAUGGUGAGGUGCAUUUAUAUAGUCGGAAUAUACCGUGAUAUCGAUUGGGCAUACACACACACAAACACAUUUUUCUACAUUCUGUCUGUGUUACCUCAUUACUACUGUAAUUCUUUUUCUCAAGACGUAUUAAUUGUAAAGUCGGCGCUAACACUUACUUAAGCGGUAAUUUACGACUCGUCGUCAAAUCUCCUCAUUUAUUCUCACUCCGAUAGUCAUAAAGGGGAGAAAAAAAUGUGCGAAAAACGUCGAUAACGUCACGGAAAAUUUCUUACGUAUAUUAUUAUCGUAGCAGUGUUGCAAGAUCGCACGAGCAUAGAGAGUUAAUUUAGAGCAGACUUAUAAUGUCCGACACAUUGGUUUAACGACGGCCGUAUCGAGAGAACUUUGCAUUUUAUAUAAAAGCAAGUGUACACCGGUAUCGAUAUAUCUCGAGGAUAUACGCACGAAAUAAAUAAUAAAAUUCCGCUGUUAAAAACCUAGGAGUAGAAAGGAAACUAUUUGCAUGCACGCGAAUAAUGAACCACGCACUAGCGCGUAAGCAUAUGUAUACUUAUUGAAAAUGAGGAAAAAAAGGGACAUAAUAAUAAAAAGAAAUUUCAGACUCUA